CUGGUAAUACUUAACCUUACAGUUAAUUUUAAACUAAGCCAGCAAAGGAAAGGAGACAAACUUGUCGUUCUUUUAAGGAAUGAAACGUAAGUCAGAUUUUUUCAGACUGAAGCAACAGUUUUCUCCUAUUCUUUUCUCAGUUUCCCUGGUUUUACCAGAUGCUAAUGAAACAAAGGAUGGAAACGCCACGUUGCAGUGUUCUCCCUGGAAAAAGCAGAUAAAUGUUCCUUGCUCAGAGAGGAACAUCCGCUGGCUGGAUGCAGCCGGAGCCGAGCUGCAGGGUGAAGCCGUCCACUUCCAGCACUGUGCUGCCAAUCUGACCGUGAAUCUUCAGGAUGACAGAGACAAAAUAUUGACCUGCCAGAUCUUCUUCUUCAACAAAGUGAGGACAGAGGCGAACUACCCACCGGUUUCUAAAGACACCAGAGGAGGAAGUGUUCAUUUUCAGUUUUCCAAAUCUGGAGCUGAUGUUGCUCUGUCCUGUAAGAGGGAUUUAGUUUCCUUUGACUGCUCCGCUGUUCGCUGGCUCCACUACAGGGGAUCCACAAAACCAACCCUGGAGAUUGAAAAUGGAAACAUGGUUCAGAGUUCAGGUCGGGCUGCCAGGCUCAGUGUGGACAGUCAAUGUUCUCUGAUCAUCACCAACAUCACUGCAGAGGACGCUGGAAAAUACACCUGCCAGCUUCAGGGUGGAGCCGGCUUUGACACUGACGUGUAUUUAUUUAUUUUAACAAUGUCUCCACCUCCACCUGAUGCUGAUGUAACAAAGGGAAGAAAUGUCACGGUGCAGUGCUCUCUGGCGGGACACAGUUCAUCGGACCACUGUCCACAGAACAUCAUCCGCUGGGUGGACGACUCAGGAUCUGAGCUGACUGGUGAAGAUGCUGGACACAAGGAUGGAAAACACAAAACCUGUGCUUCUUCUCUGACUGUGAAGCUCCAGAGAGGCAUCAAAACAAGAUAUCACUGCCUGGUUGUUGUCCAAACCAAAGUCAGAGUAGUUGCUGAGUACACAGCUUUCUUACCAGAGGCCAGCCCUCCUACAGACCUGAUCAUGAGUGAUGUGACCAACACCAGUUUAAGGGCGGCCUGGACGGCGGCGCCCAGGAACAAACAGACUCACACGGUGCAGGGAGAUGUAACUUCCUCCAUCCUGACAGGUUCAACUCCAAAGAUGCGUUACCAAACGUCUGUGGUCACCAAAGGGAGCGACCGACUCACUGGACCA